UCAUUUUGUUUGUCGUUGUCCUGGCAGUUUAUUAAUAUUCCACAAACAAUAAAUUCAGGAUCAAAAGUACAAUUAAAAUGAAUGGUGAUAAAAGUCAAGAUAAAAAUGCUAUUAAAACUUGCGUUGUCGAUGGAUGCGUUGCCAACUCGAAAACGUGUCCAUAUCUUUUCUUUUUGAAAGUUCCUCAAAACCCGGAACGGAAAACCGAAUGGUGCGAUGCUAUGGGCAUCGCACUUCAGAAGGGCCGAGUCUAUUGCUGUACGCGGCAUUUCGACAUCCCCGGAGACUUUGAUGGGGACGCGCCUUCGGACAAAUCGAGCGGAAUCCGAUUGAAGCUAAAAAAUCACAUCUUGCCUCAUAAGGACAUUCCGAAUCAAUACGCAACCAGGAACAUUUAUCGACUGUUUGAAAUCAUGAAAACCAUGGGAAAAAUCGAAAAGCCCAAUCGAUAUUUGCUUCCAGCGAUUGAACAAGAUCUUAAGAUUAAAGUGCCAUUGAAUAUCAAACCGGCAACGAUGAAUGAGAUAUCGGAUUAUGUUAUCGAUAAAAUCAAAGAGUACUUCAAUUCAAACGAUCCAAAGUCCAAAUAUCAGCUGGUGCAGUUAUUGAAGAGCCACCGAGAUAAAAUUGCUGAGAUUGCUAACAAAAAAGUCAUGAAAGGUUCUCUGCAAGGUGCAGUGAUGCUGAGAACUGUCCAACCAUUCCUUCAAUACGAUGCCAAUGGAAAUUUGGAUUUACCAAUCGGGCACAAAGAAUUGGAACAAUUAUAUUUCGAGUUGGAAUCGAAUCAACUAAAUGCUUUUUACCGUCCUCCAAAGAAUGAAGCUCCUGGCACCAGUUCAGAUGACAGUUUUAAGGAUCUACCUUUUUUGCCUGGAAUACGAUUGAACUUGACCCUUCCCUUCUUGGAGUUAUCGAGAGAAGUGGCAUUAAAUUCGGAAAAGUACAUCGUUAAUGUAAGAAGCAUUCCAAGAGCUAAUGAUGGUAAACCGAAUGGUCUGGAGUGGUUUCAAAAAGUAGAUAAGCCUUACAGGUUGAAAUCUUCAAAGGUUGGUCAAUACGUCACGUUGGAGUAUGUGGACAUUUUGAUAAACCUUUUCGAAACAUACGAAUUCAUGAUGAGCCAACGCCAACGAUCCACAUUGAUAUUCCUACUUCAGCAAACAAGAAAGGAUUUGUCAGAAUAUGAAAUGAAGGAGCUUCAAAUCACGUACAGUUGCUUUUUGUCUAGUUACAAGUACUACCGAAUCAUAAACGAAGACAUCGCUCAGGAACUCGGAGAUGAGGAAAUGUACAUGUUUGUUAAGGAAGUUAUUAACCCUGAACUAAAUCUCCAGCUGAUAAGCGCAAUCGAUACCAAUACGGCAAGCAUCGAAACAAUUGAUCGCUACUUCCGACCGAUCCUUGGCUACGUCAAUGCGGAAGCCGGGUUUACUGAUGGGGAACCGUACCUGAAAUUCGCGGAACAGCUGAAGAAGGCAAUUACUUACACGUGUCAGGAGUGCAACACGACGUUCGAUUCGCCACUUUCUCACAUCACCGUCAAGGAGCAUCGACUUUGCAGCACCAAAAAGUGGAAAUGUGUUCACUGCAAGGCGGCCUUUUCAGAAACAAAGCUUGCCACUGACAUGUGGACUCACAAUUGCUGCUAAUAAAUUUUGAAAUAAACUUUGCU